GCGUACGAUAUAAUUGAGCAAGGCGGCGGCGGCGACGGCGACGACGAUGACGACGACGGUAGCGGAGAGAAGAGAACGUUUCGCGUGUUUGUUGUUUGUUUCGCGUGUCUUUUUAAGGCGGCAGCGGGGUGUGGAGCUACGAUAUCCACCGUGGUAUUUUCCCACCACCCCAUAGGGGUGUGCUGUCGGGCAAUAAGUGCUGACAUCUGCACUCUAUGCUCGGUGCACUUGUGUUCUCGUCGCUGUGAGAUACAGGCCGUGACGUUCUUCCGUCGUCAUUGUCGCCGUCGGUAGCGUGUGAGUAUGUGUGUGCGUGCGUGCAUGCGUGCGUGUGAGAGUGCGUGUGGGGAUGCGUGUGGGAGUGCGUGUAGGUGUGCGUGUGGAAGUGCGUGUGAACGUGUAUGUGGAUAUUUAGCAAGUCCCUGAGCAUCUCUAUGUGUAUCAGCACGUGUGUAGACGCGAGUGAAAGCGCGAGAGAAAGCGCGACAUUGCGGAGGGUGUAUUUACAGUCGCGCAAGGUUAUUAGCCGACGUGAUAGCGAUCGGUAUAGCCUUAACGCAUCGGGUGCAACGGCCGCGCUCGUUUCCUUGGAUAAACGUUCGCGGGGGAAUUCCCCACGAAGCGAGUUAAUUUACGUCGUUAGGCAGCGCGCGUUGCAACGUGCAAAUCGCGAGCAAUUUUUCCGCAGGAGCAGAUGUUCCGCGUGGGACAACGGGUGCUUCUAUCGGCAGCGCGCUCGAAUUGGUUCGCCAUCCUCGUUCCUGGCGGAACGCCAGGAACCGCGACGGAGGGGUCAGCCGAGAGGAAAUUUGGUGAAACGUUUGCCAGGCGUGCUUAAGCAAAUGAUUGCUCUACAAUGCAUAUUUCUUCGCGCGCGAUCUCUCUCUCCUUCUCUCUAUUUUUUUCAUUUCGCGGGAAUGAGUUCGUAAAGAGGGGAAAAGUGUCGGAUGUUUACCACCAACACCUGUUGUGUGGCAGUGUUCUCGCAAAUCAUACUACUUAUACAUUAAUUGCAUGCUUGUUUUAUUUGUAAUUUUAAUUGUAACAUUUUGAUCUUUAAUUUUGUCGUCACGUAGAGUCGUAACAUAUUUUACGAUAUAACAAUAAACGCCGUCUCCAGAGUGAAUGUCGCGUCCACGAGCGAUUGUCGGAUAAUCCGACACCCGUAAUCUCCACGAUGGAACUUUAAUUGGGAGUUGGAUCUUGAGUCAGCCCUUCAUUCGUGGCGGGACGCCAGGGAUUGCGCUGGGAUGAUUUACGGAAAGAAAAUUUCGCUCGCGCUGCAUCCGUUAUCUAUUCUUGUCGGUAAUUUAUUUUCGUCCCGGCGAUUAUUAUGCCAUAUCUAGACGGGCUAUUAAGAGCAACGAAUUGCUUCCGCGUCGCAAACUGCGGUCUCCGUGUAAGCUUCUUCAAGAAUCCGCAUUAUGAAAUUUUGGCUCUUCGAUCACGCGCUCCGAAGAUAAUCCCGUCUUUAUUGUCUAGCAUAUUCGACGGAAUGAAAAGAAUGGAUUUUAAUGGACCGGUUGCUUCUUCGUUCAAUCUAUAUCGUGAGAAAAACGACCUCUUGUGGAAGAAUAUGUUGGAAAAGUGCCAUGAAAAAUUCGCAACGGACAAAAGUCUGACAGACAAAAGUCGUGUAUGAAAUAUGGACGCAUUUAAAUAUGUCAAAUGAGACACGCUCACACGAAUUUAUGAUGCAUUUUUGUCAAAUAGCAAGUACUUCGUACUAUUAAAUGAAUAUUAACAUUCAUCAACAACGCGGCUAUUUAUCUCGAGGAAUGAUCUUAAUAAGCUCAUUUAACUUUAGGUUAAUCUCUUGGAUCUUUUUGAGCAGACUUAAUUAAUAAGCACAGCGUUUUCCGUUUAUGCCUUUUGCGAUUUGCUCGCCGCGUUUUCCUUUUUCGCCCAAGACAGCGAAGUAUCGACUUCGUAGUCGUAGAUAUAAAAGUUUUGAAUUAUGCGUCUCUCCAAGAGUUAUCGCGCUUUAUCGUCGUUGUAACAGAUGGCUGCAAAAGUUUCGUCGAUCCGCCGCGUAACCGCGUUAUUUUUCCAACAACCCAAAGCAGUCCCACGACAUUAUAAUGUCUGUCUGUGUUGUUACGUUUGAAAUGCUCGCGCGACUCUAUACAGACCGGUUUGGAGAGUUAUCGUCCAUCUCUGGUAACUUUCGAAAGUACACUCGACAGCGGAACAGAUACAACACUUUUUUCUCCCCAGUGAAGUUAGUAACUCACCUAGUUGCCACAUUUCAGAAUUUCGGAUUUGCGCGAUAAGCGGUUAUGACAGCAGAUGAAAUGACAGCAUGUGGUAUAAAUGAAUAACGUGAUAUAUAAUAAUGAUAAUACAAUAUGAAAACGUAUUAGUACAUGCGAGAAUAUUCCGAGUAAAACCGCUGCAAUAAUGGCGCUCGAAGAAUUAAAGAAUGCUCCGAAUAUAAAAGAGGCAUCCGACAGCACAACUUAAAUUGAAAAUCAGGGAAAGGAUGUGAGUAUGACAGUAACGCGAGAAAGAAAGAAAGAGAGAGAGAGGGGGAGAGGAAAAGGGAGAACGAGAAAGAAAGUUCUCACAUUACUAUCAUACUUGCAUUUCUUUGGAUUUUCAGAUUAUAUCGUCAGAUAUCUUUUAUAUUGAAGCACAAGAUUAUACAAUACUUUGAGCAUCAUUAUACUGUAUAUAUAUAUAAAUGUGUUAUUUGGGCUAAAUCGCUUUUUUUCACAUUUCCAUGUUUCAAGUUACGUCAUUUAAUAUGUUUAAACGUAUUAAAUUAUAAUUUACACGUCUUUUAACACAUACACGCAUAAUUGGAUUUGUUGUAUAUUGCAACAAAUAAUUCGUUAGUUUAAUUCGGAAUAUUCUCGGAUGUAUUAGCAUUUUUUACUCAAUAAAAUUUAUUUUCACAGCACGUAUUGGUUAGCUUUUUGGUUCUGACAUAACCGAUCACCGCGAGCAGUGAUAUUCAGAUGUGACAAUUACAAAUAUACUAAUUUCUAGAAAACAAUUGUGUUCAAGUCGUUUUGCUCUUGACUGUACGUCCGUAAAUAAUUUUUCUCGUGUCUUCGUCAGACGCGCUCCUACCCGAGGUAAUAUCGUUACGGCCUUGCGUUUACGUUAUCGAUAGUUCAGGAAACUGGUUGCGAAUGGCACAUCAAGGGAUUAUCUUAUUUUCGUCGCCGGCUGCCAGACGGCGAUGUCGUCGUGGGAGUUGAAAAAAGUUUGAAAAACGCGUGAAAAAUUCGUCGUGUCGUGAAAGAAAGAUAUAAUUCUUACGGGCGCAAAUGCACGCCUCUUAUUUAACGCUAUGUUUUUCUACGUGCUGGAAUUCUGAGAUUAUUUAUGGAAUACUUGCCGAAGGGUGCAGAGAUCCACAUAGCCACUCGAAUGUCUCCGUCACGCUUGGGGGUUGGACGAUGACUCUCAUACCGCAUAAAUUAAGUGUAAUGACGGGGGCUUUAGGGAGACGCUCUCUGACGAGGGUCGCGUAGGGCUUCGGAAGAACCGUUGACGUAGUCGACACUUUCGAUUUAACAAAAACGUGUCUGUGAUAUCGCGAGAGAGAUAUUGAGGAAAAAAACAUGAUGUAUACGGGACUUGCGGACCAGUAUUUCUCGGACUUGGAUCCAAACUCCGAUGGCCCGCCUCGAGCAGUCGAUCCAGCUGUCCGUGCUCGCAAACUCGUGGGCAUGGAACGUCGUGACGUCAUACUGACAGCAGUUUUCGGAACACUCGGAGCUCUCGCAAUUCUAGUAGGCCUCGCAUUUGCAAUGUGGCUCUAUCUCCGUGCCAGGAAGUCCAAGCAGCGGGACGACGAUCUCGAGGAGCAGAACGACAACGGCGAUGGCUCAAGCCAACAGCAACAACCCAUCAAGAAGAAUGGCUUCUUGAACUUGAAGACACCUCUGAUCAGCACGAAAGCUCUUGGAGCGCAAUUAGAAACGACCGGCAGUCCGGCCAGCAGCAAGUCCCCGGCAAGUGGCAGUGGCGGCCCUACGAGCGGUGGAGCAGGUGCGACCGCGGCCCCGGGUGGCGGUGCCAGCAAUGCCGGAAGCGCGGAACCCCGCACGCCAAACGCUGGACCGCAAAAUAAACAAUUGCAAAACGUCAAAGGAGAACAUCCCUCGAAAGCGUUCCUACAAAGUAGGUCCAUCUCCCUGGUCGACAUGUACAUCGAUAAUUCGGAACCGAGCGAGAACGUUGGCCAGAUCCACUUCAGCCUCGAGUACGACUUCCAGAACAGCACGCUUAUUCUGCGCAUCAUACAGGGUAAAGACCUGCCGGCGAAGGACUUGUCGGGCACCUCUGAUCCGUACGUACGUGUCACGCUGCUCCCGGACAAGAAGCACCGGCUCGAGACGAAAAUCAAAAGGCGCACGUUGAAUCCGCGAUGGAACGAGACGUUUUACUUCGAAGGUUUCCCCAUACAGAAGCUGCAGAGCAGGGUGUUACAUCUGCACGUCUUCGACUACGAUCGAUUCUCGCGGGACGACUCCAUAGGGGAAAUGUUUCUGCCGCUUUGCCAGGUCGACCUGUCGGAGAAACCAUCGUUUUGGAAGGCUCUAAAGCCGCCAGCUAAAGACAAAUGCGGAGAACUCCUGUGCUCGCUUUGCUACCACCCGAGCAAUUCCAUACUGACGUUGACCCUCUUGAAGGCGAGGAAUCUCAAGGCUAAGGAUAUCAACGGAAAAUCAGAUCCGUACGUCAAAGUAUGGCUGCAGUUCGGUGACAAGAGGAUCGAGAAGCGCAAAACUCCAAUCUUCAAAUGCACCUUGAAUCCGAUAUUUAACGAGGUAUUUUCCUUUAACGUACCGUGGGAGAAAAUCAGAGAGUGCUCCUUGGACGUGAUGGUGAUGGACUUCGACAACAUUGGACGGAACGAACUGAUCGGUCGGAUUCAGCUCGCAGGAAAGAAUGGAAGUGGCGCGAGCGAAACGAAGCAUUGGCAGGACAUGAUCACAAAGCCGAGGCAGACCAUUGUGCAGUGGCAUCGCUUGAAGCCCGAGUAAAGGACACGCUUCCCUCUUGAUCCACGAUAAAACGAUAUUCUGUCGAGCGAGUUCCCCCGAAUGGACAACGCCCGUCGCCGUCGCCGCCGUCGUCGUCGUUGCCGUCGCCGUCGUCGCCGUCGUCGUCGUCAGCGUUGUCGUUGAAGAUACCUUAACGAGGCAACUAUUUUCCUUUUGCUCGAUAUUCCCCGCAACUGAUCUCCUCGCAAGUACCACCUGACGACUGUACGAUAUUCCCCCUGCAUCGCGUAACAAGACGCUCCGAGCGACGCUGGUCGUCGCGGAGCUGUUACAGGUCGUUAUCGCUCGUUGUCGGUCGACCCAUCGUCGUGUAUCAGCGUAACGAGUGAUAACGAGUGAAUGAAUCGUCUCACCUCCGCGUUACCGAGUGCGUCCUUGCCGGUUGGACCAAGAGAGAGAAAGACACGCCAUGGUGCGUCCAACCGCAGAUGUUUGGUACCGCCGAGAUCGAUCACGAGGGUUGGUAGCAUCGAAAACUUGGCGAAAACACAGCCGGAAACGGCUGCGUUGCUUCCAUGGCGGCGUUUCUACACAUCGAGAGAGAAAGAGGGAAGUAAGGGAAAGAGAGAAACAGGAAGAGCAACAGCGGUUGUGGGCGAUCAGCGAGAUAUCGAAAAUUUGUCGAGGCUUCGUAGUCGGGUACGUUGAAAAUGCCGCUCUUUCUGUUUCGCCACCCUCUCUUCUUCUCCAUCCUCCCAUGCGUUUAUCACGCAGCCGCCCGGCGCGGCGUUUAGCGAUACGGAGACUGCGAAAUUAUACCGUGGCUAAUCAGCUCUCGCUCUCGCUGGGACGAUCCGAGCGUGAGUCCUCCAGGCGACACGAGCGUCCGUGCUUCCUCGGGUUUCGAACCCCCCACGGACGUUGCGCGACGACGUCACUCGGAGGCUUCAUGGACUUUCGUGUCGUUUGAGUUUAUGGGCGCUUGUGCGGCGAGAUUACGUCGGAAUAUUGUCACGAGACUGUAAAACACGGAAGGGGCAAGCGGACGAGGGAGAUACGCUCUAUUAUUUACGAGAGAGAGAAAGAGAGGGAGAAAAAGAGAGCGAGAAAAAGAGAGAAAGCCGUUAUCUUUGAGGAUAAAUUAGUAUUACAGCACGUGUAAUAUCAAUUUAGAGAUGUGAUAGUUCUUAGCGAGGUUCUCGUCUAUACAGACGGAGAGUCUCUACGUUAUAAAAAUAUUACAUUCCGCUAUACUGUGAUCAUUAACUUGAGAUUAAAAGGAGAGAGUGGAGAGAGGAGAGAGAAAAGGCGAUAAUUGUAAAACAAUAUCGUUGAGAUAUCGCGUUCCUUCGCCUGCCCCUUCUUGAAUCAUCUGGUCGGGGAGCGUUACUUCGCGUCGAGACCUCGCAGACCAAAGCCGACGGAGCUCGCUGAAAGCACGAGCGCCACUUCAACACGAUAUAACGACGAGUCACGAAUUUACACAGCUCGUAACAUUUAUAUUUGUAAGAGAUAUUCUUACAGUGUUGCGUAUCAAAAUUAUACACGGUUAUCUGUUACGUCGCUCUUUCGCCUUGACGCAUUUUAUAUUUUUAUAGUUUUUGAAGUACUUCAACACGCAGCGCAUCUUGAGAAUCCAGAAGUGACAAUAUCCUUCGAUUGUUUGCGGCACAAUUAACAAUGACCCUGAUUUUCGAUCGACGAAUUGGUUUGGCGUUUCGCAAACGUUCAAACGUCUGCGUAGCAGACGUAUGUACACGCGGUUGCACACAACUUACACAAAUAUUCCCGACAAACGCGAGGAGAUCCGAGGAGGAGGAGGAUCCCGCACGAUACCAUGUCCUCGGAGAUCGCCGCUUGUUAUCAUCCUUCUCUCACGAUUGUGAUUGUACGUGCGAGUUACUCGAGUAUUCGGUCGCGUCUAAGGUCUGCAUUGAUGGUCGUUACCUGAAACUCACCUCGCGUGAGACACUCGGAUUGGAAUUUAGAGUUAGAUGUGAGUUUUUCGGCUAAGUCGCAAUGGUUCGACGAAAAAGCUCGGAUCCAAUUCUAAAUGAUUGUGGAUCCGAGUUAUCUCACGUGAAACAAAAGUUUUAGGUAAUAACUGUUAAUACGGAUCUAAAAACGGUACACAUAUAUCGGCGGAGGCGAGGUGGCCUCCACGAUCCCAUCGAGAUUUACAUUCAACGUGGCUUUCAGAACUACUCUGCUAACAAAGUUUCGAAACCUGCGCGACCUCAUCGAGGGCAACCUUACUUACGUGCUGCAGUUAUUUACAGGCGAUUCCUCCGUGUACCACUUUUCGGGAUAAUCCGGUUUAGAGUGGACUUUUAGAAGUUAACUUCGCUCGAGGCUCGUUUCGGCUUUACGCGCAAUUUUCUUUCCAUUUUCUGGCGAGAGCACGUGUGACUAUUAAUUUCGACGCGAGCAAAACAUGUGUACUGACGCGGCCGUUAAGAUAGCGCUAAGUUUCAUAGAAAAAAAAAGAGAAAAACAGAAAAAACAAAAGAAUCGAACGUUCACAGACGUAAUGGAUAUUACAAGCAGUAGUUUCCAACGUUGAUAUCUUUGUGAUGUAGGACGCUUCGAGACUGUGAGAAAAAAAGAACAAAACGGGCGGAAUAAUAAGUAAUAACGUAAAACUGUUAUACACACUACCAGAGCGUGUCCUUCCCACGGGCGAGCAUUUUGGGGUAGUCCGUAGAAGACAAGCGACAUCCUAGUAGGGAUGGGCAGUCACGCGAAUUAUCGAUUUUAAUUAUCAAAGAAUAGGCAAGAUGAAAAAUGGAUAAAAGAAGCACACAUUGAGGAAUCACGCAGACCCGACUAUCGCAGAAUUAAAGUCGCGCGAAUUACAAGACAAGGAUAAGCCGAACACGGCAGCGAGUAGUCAGGAAAGCCUCUCGGCGCUUUCUAAUGCGGCAGCGUAAAAACGGUGCAAAGACAGCGUGAAAUUUACGGACAGGAACGUUCUGGUUUACAUCGGGGCCAUCUUCGACCUUAUCACAUUGCACUGAGCUGAUCUUUCUGGUUACGCCAGUCUGCUUGCGUCGGUCUUUAGUGGAGAUCGCGUGAGUUUGAUUUAAAAGUGCGACAACUAAUCGCAAUUCGCUGAAUCGGAGUGAUUUUCAACACAUUGCCAAAACGACGGGCCGUAAUUAUUACACGACAGUGUAAAAACUUCAAAGCUCUUUACCAGGUAGAGAGAGAGAGAGAGAGAGAGAGAGAGAGAGAGAGAGAGAGAGAGAGAGAGAGAGAGAAAGAGAGAGAGAAAGAGAGAGAGAUACAAAUGACGACGAACGAGAGAAAUGAAAGAUGGUGGCGGGGCCCAGUACCUCUAUUUCAUGUGAGAGAGUUUUCAAAAUUUUUAUACUUUUAUUCGAUAGAGAGAAACGGGAAUUGAAUAGCGAAUGUAAUCGGCUGCACACAUGAUUAGAUUCAAUUUGCCGUUUGUUAUCGAGUCGCUUCUUGACAUUGACGACUUUGACGUAUUACGAGUUACUCUUGCGCGAGCGGUAGUACAUAGUAUUGUUUGUCAAUUUGUCAAUUUAAUGACGUGUAAGCGAGAUUAUUCGACAAGAGCAAAAGAGAAAGGAAGACGGAGAGAAAAAAAAAGAGAUUGAAUCAGUGACUGGUUUUCCAAAUCAAAACCAAAGGAUUCGUUGUCAAACAGCCGAUUUGCCCAUCCCUACUUCCUUGUUAGUUACGCUUGGCUAGCGUUGAUCGUGAUUACCGAAGUAACUUACACGAAUCCUCUUUGGCGUGACUUUUGAUUAUUAUUAAAACCCGAUAAAAGAAAGAAAGAAAGAAUGAGCGAAAGAGAGGAAAGAGAGAGAGAGAAAGAGAAAGAGAGAGAGAGAGAGAGAGAAAAAGAAAGAAAGAAAGAAAGAGAGAGAGAAAAGGAUAUUUUUGACGGCACUUUUGUAUCGAUAAAAUCGGGGCGACUUUUUUGGGAUUAUUCACACGCUAAAGUACGAUUGGUGUACGCUCUUUAUACACCGUAAAGAAGAAGAAAAAGAAGGAGAAAAAGAAGAUAAUGUUACGUUAUACCUGAUAGUCUGCUGUUGUUAACAAUAAUAUAGAAACGAGUCAAAUUCACGCGCGAAUUUGCUCGGUACACUCGGAGAGUGUACGUCGUUGAUGGAAAAUAAAGGGACAAACGAUUCAUGUUAUAUCUAAACCAAGUUUAGCGUUAAGCGUCGCUCGCGUCCGGGAAAAUCGUUGGAGAAAGCGUCUGAUAUUAAUUGGUGGACUUAUCGCGCGGAAUUCAAUGCAUUUAAUUAAGUUCCCGCUUCACGUUUGUAUUUAUUUCGGACAUAGAGGAACACAGAGCGACAAGUAACAUCGCAAUCGCUCGCAUUUCGCUUACUCGGAGUUAUUUUCAUUACUCAUCAAGAAAACCGUGAGAUGUUCUGCGCGUUUGGUCGUUUUUCACGAAGAAUUAAAAGCGGAAACAGAAUCCGCGGCAGGAUUGAGAUCCAAGAGGCGGGACUCGCGAGAGGGAUCUCUCUCGCAUAUUUUCAUUUCUUACUUUGAAGCCCACACAUACACAUAAUGCAUAUCGAUCGAGUUUUGCGUUGCCGCCCGUGGCGAUAAAGGCAAUGGCAAAGGUGCGUACAGAAAUGAGUUCACGCUCGUAGCCGUGAAGUUUGCCGUGUAAACUGACGACGUUGUGGUGGAGCGUCGUGUGGAAACUUCACCAGCGAUAAACGCUUCUUCCCAAUGAUCUUUCCAAGCGCGAGUGCGACGCUUUAGUGACAUUCCCUCGCGUACAAAACGAGUCACAUCGGGAUAUCGCAGAUAUCAGAAUAUCGCGAGAGAUUACGGGCCGACAACACGUUUCUUUCUUAUGUGUACGUUCGGCGAGAUGAGAGUGAGAGAGAGAGAGAGAGAGAGAGAGAGAGAGAGAGAGAGAAAAUAGGAGUAUCUCAUUAUUAAAGGGUUCACCCUUCCCCCGUCGUCCUCGCUCCCCGCUCCCUCAACUCCACACAACUUCCUUUUACAAUCGCGAUAAAAAUAUAUCCCGGAAAUAUUUUUACAUUUAAGCGUUACAUUUGGGUCGAAGGUGUUAUCGAUUUUUCGUAAUUACAGCAGCCUUCUACCGCGUGUACGCGGAAGAGAGAUGAUACUGUAGAGAUUAGCGAGACACGGAGAGAGAAAGCGCGAGUAAAAGAAUAGUCUAUUAUAUAUAAUAUAUAUAUAUACACACAUACACGCACACACGCGCACACAUACAUAUACAAACAUACACACACAUAUACAAAUAUAUACAUACAAAAUGUGAGUAAAUGGUUAUACUGGUAUAUAUUAUAUGCGGAAGUAUCGAGUAGCACAAGGAUUAGAUUAAUAUUUGUAUGUCGUAGCCUGUAUACACAUUGUAUAUAUAUAAGGUACAGAGUGUUUCCCGGUUUACGUCGUAUCACGUUAAAAUGAUGGUAUAAACAUGGGUACUUCGAAGUUCGUUACCGUAAGAGAAACAAAAGAGGAACUUAGCAAGACCUUUACCGUUAAAUAAGUAGGAUCGUUCUUAGCGUUCCGCGUGUUACACAGGGUGUUAAAGAAAAAAAAAA